AUGGCACAUACACAAAAGCUGUUGCAUGAUUUCUUGUCACGCUGGCUAGCAGAAUACCUCUCCAGGCUUCAACAGAGACCGAAGUGGCUAAAGCAAAAGAAGGAACUGGAGAAAGGAGACAUAGUGCUAAUCAAGUCGGGCAAUCUUCCUUCUGGGAAAUGGGCUCUAGGACGAGUGACAGACAAACACCCGGGCCCGGAUGGAGUGAUCAGAGUGUACAGUUUAAAAAGUGGUGAUAAUGUUGUUAAAAAAACUGUAACAAAAUUAUGUUUACUACUUAUUGAUACUCAACCAUAA